GGAGAGCAGGAUAUAGUGAAUGCGGGGUCCGGGAGAGACCGGAUAUAGUGAAUGCGGGGUCCGGGAGAGCGGAUAUAGUGAAUGCGGGGUCCGGGGAGACCGGAUAUAGUGAAUGCGGGGUCCGGGAGAGACCGGAUAUAGUGAAUGCGGGGUCCGGGAGAGCGGAUAUAGUGGAUGCGGGGUCCGGGGAGAGUGGAUUGGAUAUAGUGAAUUCGGAGGUUCCGGGGAGACAGGAUAUAGUGAAUGCGGGGUCCGGGGAGAGGCGGAUAUAGUGAAUGCGGGGUCCGGGGAGAGCGGAUAUAGUGACAUGCGGGGUCAGGGAGGAGCGGAUAUAGUGAUUGCGGGAGUUCAGGGGAGGAGGGGGGCGGAUAUAGUGAAUGCAGGGUCUCCGGGGAGAGCGGAUAUAGUGAAUGGGGGUCCGGGGAGAGCGGGAUAUAGUGAAUGCGGGGUCCGGGGAGAGUGUGGAUAUAGUGAAUUCGGGGUCCGGGGAGAACGGAUAUAGUGACUGGAGGUGGGGUCCGGGGUGAGCGGAUAUAGUGAUAAUGCGGGGUCCGGGGAGGAGCGGAUGAUAUAGUGAAUGCGGGGUCCGGGGAGAGCGGAUCUUUAGUGAAUGCGGGGGUCUGGG